UCGGAUUAGUCUUGCACGCACGGUAGACGCGAAUGAACGGAAUUGUGGCUUCGCUACGACGUCGGAAUCGGUUGACUGGAAAUUAUCAGUAAUUCAUUUUUUUGCGUGCUUCAGUUAAUUAUUGCUGUUAGCUUCGAUUUAAUUUUUUUUUCGGUGAACGCUACGAUUGGCAGUUAACGAAAUGUUGCUAAUCCUGUGAUUUGUGCCUUAUCACAGUAUCUGGCGGCAAGAAAAGUUCAAGUGCCAUAAGCCAAUCGUAGAGGUGUGUCGUCGGUGGAAUAGGUGACCGUGCGAAUAGUGACAGUGACUGGAAAUGAGCUACGAGCAGAGGAAAGUACCAACCUUCCCGGUGGGGGACAUUGAAUCGCCGGACAGCCGGGAUGAUCAGAAACUACUAGGCAAUCCGUUCGAUAAGCUACCACCGAUAUUGAUGGGCGGAACGAACGGGGGACAUCAUCAACUACAGUGGCAGAAAAGUAGCCCGGUGACGCCAACGACGCCGCUUGUCUACGCACCCCGAUCGCCGUCGCUUGGCAGAAGAAGCCGAGCAUUCCGUCCGGGCACAACUCGAAAGUACCGAAAGCGGGCCAUCCUAAAGAACGGAGAGUGCAACAUUUCAACCUCCAAAGUGUCCCAGCAGCGGUUGCGUUUCCUGCAGGAUAUCUUCACCACCCUGGUGGAUGCACAGUGGCGCUGGACGUUGCUGGUGUUUGCCUUCAGCUUCGUCGGUUCGUGGCUAUUCUUCGCGGUGAUCUGGUGGUUGAUUGCCUUCACACACGGCGACCUCGAGGAGCUACAUCUGCCGGAUAAUCAAGCCGAAACCGGUUGGAACCCGUGCGUGUACAACAUCCGCUCGUUCACCUCCUGCUUCCUGUUCUCGAUCGAAACGCAGCACACGAUCGGUUACGGUGUGCGAACGACGACGGAGGAAUGUCCGGAGGCGAUUUUCAUCAUGUGCUUCCAGUCGAUCUACGGCGUCAUGAUACAGGCCUUCAUGGUUGGCAUUGUGUUUGCCAAAAUGACCCGACCGAAGCAUCGAACGCAGACGUUGCUGUUCUCGAAACAUGCCGUGAUCUGUCAGCGAGAUGGAGAGUUGUGCUUCAUGUUCCGGGUUGGAGAUAUGCGCAAGAGUCACAUCAUCGGGGCCAAUGUGAGGGCGCAGUUGAUUCGCACCAAGACUACCAAGGAGGGCGAGGUGUUGAUGCAGUACCAGUCCGAACUGGAGGUCGGGGUUGACGGUGGUGCUUCGGAUAUGUUCUUCAUCUGGCCCCAGGUGGUGGUUCAUAAGGUCAAUUCGGAUUCACCGUUGUACAACAUGUCGGCGACGGAUUUACUGCAGGAUCGGUUCGAGGUUGUUGUUAUCUUGGAGGGUACGGUGGAGUCGACGGGACAGUCGACUCAGGCCAGAUCGAGUUAUGUUAACACGGAGAUACUGUGGGGACAUCGAUUUGAGCCGGUGGUUUUCUACAACAAGGAAAUUCAGGGCUACGAAAUCAACUACAGUAAGUUCGACGAGACGCAGCAGGUGGAUACGCCCCUUUGCUCGGCACGUGAGUUGGCCGAAUUCUACAAGAUUCAGGACGACUACAAAAGUAAUGACCAUCUCGACAACAUCUCCUCGAAGACGCUGCUGGAACAGCGCUGGCAGUACAAAUACCGCUCGCUGAUGGACACCCUCAGCCAAUCGGUCAACCUCGAGGACGAAACUGGAUCCUUGCGACUCAGCAGGCACCCAUCUAAUCGAUCCUACCUUACGAUCCAGAAUGUUCCCCGGAGGCACCGAUCCUAUGUGCAGCUGGAGAACAACCUGCGCAAUCUGUUUGACUCAGUGCCGCCAACGGCGAAACGUGCCCCUUCCGCUUCCGCUCCGCUUUCCUCUUCCUCCACCACACAGCCUGUUCCUGCACCUGCACCAACUCCAGCCCCUGUUUCGGGGGAAUGUGGAGAACCUCCGAGAUAUUCUCCUCCACCGCCGGCGAUCUGCGACGGCGUGUUUACUUUCGGAAGCAAUCGCAAUCGGAGCGGUUCGACGAGGAGUCGGUCCAGCAACUAGCGGCCGCUGAGCACGAGAAAUGAGAUCUUUGCUUUUAGUUUUGUUUAGGUUUACUCUGAGGUAGAAUAUCGAAUCCUAGCAUUAGGCAGGUAGGUAGUAACCAAUUUGAUUACCAACGGUAGGCUGUAAGAUUAGUUAGGAAUGAAUGAGUAUUAUUUUAAGGAUGAAGAUGAAAGAAAUAUUAAAACCAGUGAUAUUUUAUCCGACGACGACUGUUGAACACGUUGAAAAUA